AUGUUUGCAAGAUUGGCACCACCUACGAGGCUGAUUUUCCAUGUGGGAAGAAAUUCCUUCCCAAAAAUCAGAAGUCAGCCUGUUAGAUCAUUCCGUACUGGAUCAAGAUGCCAUAAUGAGUCCAAACUCUCACCUUCGGAGUACUUAGAGCAUGUCCAGAGACAGAAAGCUCAGCAGAUGAAGAGACGCAAUCAGAGUGCCGCAUAUUACUCUGGAUCUGUGAUAAUGUUGUUUUUGGGCCUUUCAUGUGUGGCUGUGCCCUUCUACAGAUAUUUGUGUAAGCGGACUGGAUGGGGAGGAGUUCCCAUCACAGAUCAGCGUAUUUUUACACCAGACAAGGUUGUACCUGUGGAGACAAACAAAAGAAUCCGUAUUUCAUUCACAUGCAGAGCUUCUGGUGUUCUUCCUUGGAAGUUCACGCCUUUGCAGAAGGAGGUUUACGUUGUUCCUGGAGAAACUGCUCUUGUCUUCUACAGAGCCAAGAACAUGUCCAAGGAAGACAUUGUGGGUAUGGCCACAUAUUCUGUUUCUCCUGACCAUGUAGCGCAAUAUUUCAACAAAAUUCAAUGUUUUUGUUUCGAAGAGCAGAGGUUGGCAGCUGGAGAAGAGGUGGAUAUGCCGGUAUUUUUCUUUAUUGAUCCUGAUUUCGCCAAGGAUCCAGCCAUGAGAAACAUCGAUGAUGUUGUAUUGAAUUAUGCAUUUUUCAAGGCUUCUUAUAAGGAUGGAGAGUUGGUUCCAUCCCCGGUGGGUAAUGUUGAAAUGAAGGCAACAGUAGCAUGA